AUGAUCAGACCAGAUGUUGUUGGGCCAGAACAACCCCAAUCGCCUUAUCCAGUACAGUUGAGUGGCAUAGUUAGCAAGGGAUUUGGUCGUGGUGGAAAACAGCUUGGCAUUCCAACUGCAAACUUGCCAGAGAAUGUUGCACAAACUGCUGGAGAGCUUCUCGAAACUGGAAUCUACUAUGGAUGGGCCUGUGUGGGUCAUGAUGCAUCGUCUGCUGUAUUGCCUAUGGUCAUGAGUUUUGGAUGGAAUCCAUUUUACAAGAACGAGAAGCGAUCUGCAGAGGUGCAUAUCAUACAUGAAUUCCCCAAAGACUUUUAUGGAGCAGAUUUACGAGUGAUUGUUGCUGGCUACAUUCGGCCAGAACAAAACUAUACAUCUCUAGGCAAUGAUGUGUGUAAACUAGAUGCGUUGAUUCAAGAUAUUAAUACAGAUAUUAAAGUUGCCAUCCAAUCAUUACAACGACCAGCUUAUUUGGCACUUCAAUCACACCCGUUGUUUACUGAUUCAACGUGA